AUGAUGAAUGUGAAUGACAGCCAAACUGGUUUGAAAUACAUUGGUAAUUCCUAUUACUAUACUGAUUCUGUGGUGGUCGUAAUGAAAGGUUUUUUUAGGGAGCUAACAAGGAUAUCAACUAUUUUUACAAUAAUUGAUUUGUCAAACAACAUGUUUGUCGGAGAAAUACCUCAUGAGACUGGAGAACUAAUUUCUCUCAGAGGUCUCAACCUUUCAAAGAACGAACUCACAGGUAAUAUUCCUCAAUCUUUGAGUAAAUUGAGAAAUUUGGAGGGAUUGGAUCUCUCAAGGAACCAAUUGAUAGGUGAGAUUCCAACAAGUUUGACAAAUUUGAAUUUCCUCUCAGUCUUAAACCUUUCACAAAACCAUCUUGAGGGAAUCAUACCUAAAGGUCAACAGUUUGAUACAUUUGGAAGUGAUUCUUAUGAAGGAAAUACAAUGUUAUGUGGAUUACCUUUGUCGAAAUCUUGCAAAAAGGAUGAAAAUGGGCCAUCAAAAUCAACAUCAGAAGAUAAAGAGGAAUCAGGAUUUGGAUGGAAGGCAGUGGUAGCAGGAUAUGUGUGUGGCGCAAUACUUGGACUGCUCUUGGGAUUCAAUGUGUUCUUCUUGGAAAAACCACAAAGACUUGUAAGAUUCUUUGAACACAUGUUUAACGUAAGACUGAGGCAAUCACACAACAGAACAGGUGGAAUUCGCAGAAGAAUGAAUUAA